CAGUCGCGCAUACAGACAUGCUUGUGCUCUGACAUCAGCUGAGAUAAGACUGAGGCACAUCCUUCGCUGCAGACUUGAAAACUCUGAGACGUGUUGUUUUUCCAAGCCAUGUAGGAGACUCUACUUUUGACCAGUUUGUUUUUGGACUAUGAUCAUCAACACCUGGGUUUGUUGAGCCGUGAACAACUGUCUACUGGGAUUUGAGCAACAGGAUGGUUCUGGAUACAGAGGAGAGUGUGUCUCUGGUGUCCCUCCAGUCCAGAGACAAGCCAAGAGGCUGCGCAGGCUGCAACGGUAGGAUCCGAGAUCGGUUCAUGCUGCAGGCCAUGGACAGGUACUGGCACGAGGACUGUCUCAAGUGUGCCUGCUGCGACUGCCGCCUGGGCAGGGUGGGCUCCACCCUCUACACCCGGUCCAACCUCAUACUGUGCCGCAGGGACUAUCUGAGGCUCUUUGGGGUGACUGGCAACUGUGCCGCUUGCAGUAAGUUGAUCCCGGCCUUUGAGAUGGUGAUGAGAGCCAGAGACAAUGUCUACCAUCUAGACUGCUUCGCCUGUCAACUCUGCCGCCAGAGAUUUUGCGUAGGAGACAAGUUUUUCCUCAAGAACAACAUGAUUCUGUGCCAGCUGGACUAUGAAGGAGCUCAUCCUAAUGGCAGUGCAGAAAAGCUGUAUCACUGAGCGCUAAGAAGAUGACCCGGGUGGUUGUGACAGUGAUCCAAAUGGACUUGAAGUUUACAGCUGCCAUCCUGAACUAUAUGCAGAAAAUAAAGUAUCAGGAAAAGGUCACGUCUCCCUGGGAGCUGCUUUCUGAACUUUGGAUGACAGAUUGCUGUACAGACAUUACCGAUUUCAUGAACCAAUUGAAUGCAGAAAGACCAGCACUGUGGAAUGGAAGGAAGCUUGCACAGAGAUUGGAUGUCAUGUGACCCUUUUAUCUGGGUUGACAAUACUUUAUUGGCCAUUCCCUGAAGAGCAUGCCACUGGUAUCAAACGUGCCUUUGCUGGAGACUGCGUCCCAGGAGCACCACCGGAUGAACAGGAACGUUAGAAGUCCUUGUUAUUUUUCAAAUUAAUUUCGUAAAAAUACCACUUUUUCAUGUUCAUUAUUUUUUAAAUUUACCUGCCAACAUCCAAAAAACUACAAAUAAUCUUAUUAACACAGCAUUUUUUUGGGAAGUGGUGUGGACAAAUGAUGUUACCAUACUACAGGUUAGGCCAUAUGUUUUCAUGCUUAGAAACAGAAAUAUUUAUUGUUGUACAACUGUUUUAUUAAAUAAUGUCGUCUAUAUGAUU